AUGGGCGCCCUGGGCCGGGUCCUGCUGGGGCUGCAGCUCUGCGCGCUGGCCCGGGCCACCCACAAAAUCUGGGUCCCCAACACCGACUUCGAUGCCGCCACCAACUGGAGCCAGAACCGGACCCCGUGCGCAGGCGGCGCCGUAGAGUUCGCGGCGGACAAGAUGGUGUCAGUCCUGGUGCGAGAAGGUCACGCCAUCUCGGACAUGCUCCUGCCGCUGGAUGGGGAACUCGUCCUGGCUACAGGAGCUGGAUUCAGCGCUUCAGGCUCGGUCUCCGACCCGGACUGUAGCUCAGGCGGCCCCGCGCUCUUCCGCGACCCGGACCGCUUUUGGUGGUAUGAUCCGCUCUUGUGGCGCUCCGGGGACGAGGCGCGCGGUCUCUUCUCCGUGGACGCCGAGCGCGUGCCCUGCCGCCACGACGACGUCCUCUUCCCGCCCGACGCCUCCUUCCGCGUGGGGCUGGGCCCUGGCGCCAGCCGGGCGCGCGUCCGCAGCGUCUCGGCCCUGGGCCGGACGUUCACGCGCGACGAGGACCUGGCCGCCUUCCUGGCGUCCCGCGCGGGCCGCCUGCGCUUCCACGGGUCGGGCGCGCUGCGCGUGGGCUCCGAGGCGUGCGCCGACCCGUCGGGCUGCGUCUGCGGCAACGCCGAGGCGCAGCCGUGGAUCUGCGCGGCUCUGCUCCAGCCCCUGGGCGGCCGCUGCCCCCCAGCCGCCUGCCACGACGCCCUCCUGCCUGACGGGCAGUGCUGCGACCUGUGCGGAGCCAUCGUGUCGCUGACCCACGGCCCCGCAUUUGACAUGGAGCGGUACCGGGCGCGGCUGCUGGACGCCUUCCUGGCGCUGCCCCAGUACCAGGGGCUGCAAGUGGCCGUGUCCAAGGUGCCGCGCCCGUCCCGGCUCCGCGAGGCUGGCACGGAGAUCCAGGUGGUGGUGACGGGGACCGGCACCGAGACGGGCGGCGCGGGGCGGCUGGCCCGGGCCCUCCUGGCGGACGUAGCCGAGCACGGCGAGGAGCUCGGGGUUCUGUCGGCGGCCGUGCGGGAGUCGGGCGCGCCCGUCGGGGGCGGCGCGGCGGCGGGGCUGGCGGGCGGCGUGGCGGGCGGCGUGGCGGGCGCGCUGCUGCUGGCGCUGCUGCUGGCGGCGGCGCUGCUGCUGCUGCACCGCGCGGGGAGGCUCAGGUGCAGGAGGCGCGAGGCGGCGGUCCCCGCGCCCACCGGGGCGCCCCGGGGCUUCCACAACCCGGUGUUCGACGCGGCGGCCUCCGAGGAGCCGGUGAGGGCGCGGGAGGGCGGGCUGGGGUCCUCCCCGACCGCGACCGCCGGCAGCACCAGCCGCAGCUACUUCGUCAACCCGCUGUUUGCCGGGGCCGAGGCCGAGGCCUGA